ACGCUUCUCUCGUCGCUCAGUCGCUCGCUGACUGUCGCGGAGGCAAGAGGGUAGAUUUCUGUUAUCGUGAUGUCGGAAGUAUUCAAACUGGGCGAUCUAGUAUGGGCGAAGAUGAAGGGAUUCUCGCCGUGGCCCGGCCGGGUGUCAGUUCCUUCAAAGGACUUAAAGAAGCCUGCAAACACUAAAAAGGGACCAGUACAGUGUAUUUUCUUCUUUGGCACAAACAAUUACGCAUGGAUAGAAGAAUCCCACAUUAAGCCGUAUCAAGAGUAUAAAGAUACUUUAGUGAAAUCUAGUAAAUCUGGCGCAUUUAAAGAUGCAGUGGAAGCUAUAGAGGAAUUCAUCGCCAAAGGAGAGGUAUUUGAGGAUGGCUUAGACCCGGAUUCCUUGUUCGAUAGACUCAAGGAAGAGACCAUCGCUGAGAAAAAGCCCGGUGUCAAAACACCGAAACCGCGCAAGGAAGUAACAAAGCCGGCUAAACGGUUGAGCGACAGCAGUACCAGCGAUCGUCGUCCUGCUAAGAAGCAGCGUAGGGAAUCGAGCAACAGCAACCGAGCCGGCAGUAUCAGCCCUACAUUGAAUCACUCUACCCCGGCUAGAAAAACGGGAUCGCUACUUAAUAGACCGGCAAACAUCGCUAGACCCGUUACGCCACCUCUGGACGUAGAAACGAUGUCACAAACUCUGAAGGAGAAGAACAUCCUGCCUUCGAACUUGAAAUUUGGUUUUCUUGGACUCGGCAUAAUGGGCAGCGGUAUUGUGAAAAAUUUGAUCAACAGUGGUCAUAGCGUGAUCGUGUGGAAUCGGACACAGGAGAAGUGUACGGACUUCGUGAAAGCAGGGGCGGAACAAGGCCUGACACCGUCUGAUGUCGUGCUGGCAGCCGAUAUCACCUUCUCCUGCGUAGCUGAUCCUCAGGCUGCCAAAGAUAUGGUUUUUGGCAAUUGCGGUGUCUUGACAGAGAUUUCUCCUGAUAAGAGCUAUGUCGAGAUGACUGGAAUCGACGCCGAGACAUCUCAGGAUAUCGCCGAAGCAAUAAAUGGUAAAGGCGGGCGUUACCUGGAGGCGCAGGUGCAAGGUAGCAAAACACAGGCGCAGGAAGGCACCUUGGUGAUCCUGGCGGCUGGCGAUCGGUCGUUGUUUGACGAGUGCCAGUCUUGCUUCGAGGCUAUGGGCAAGAAUAGCUUUUAUCUUGGCGAAGUCGGCAAUGCUUCCAAGAUGAACCUUGUGUUACAACUGAUGGCUGGAGUGACCUUAGCAGCUCUGGCUGAGAGCAUGGCGCUCGCAGAUCGUGCUGGACUUCAGCAAAAGGACGUUCUGGAAGUCUUGGAGUUAACGUCCCUGGCAUGUCCAGCCAUUCUUGAUAAGGGCAAAGCUAUCAUCGAGGGUGGUUUCCCCACUCAGUUACCGUUGCAGCACAUGCAGAAAGACUUGAGACUGUCACUAGGUAUGAGCGAUCAAUUGGAACAACCUCUACCAUUGGCAGCCGCAGCGAAUGAGGUGUACAAGCACGCGAAGCGUCUCGGUUACGGCGAGCAUGAUGCUUCUGCUGUUUACAUCAGGGCCAGGUUCUAACGCAGUAUAGGUGUUGUGUUGUCUCCGAGCUUCUGCUACAUCAUAUUUAUUGCGAUACCUGACGUUGUUUCCCGCCGCUCGAGAUAGAGAGAAAGAAAGAGAUGCUUUAACAAGAUACUCGGCUUGCGAGCUUGCGGGCUCGCGACAUCGACGAUUUCGAGAUACGUACAUCGCCACACUCGCGCGUACGUCGUAAGAUCUUGCGAAAUGGAUGAAGCUAAGCGAAGCGGAAAAUAAUCUGCGCAGGACACCUGUGCUGACGUCGAGAAGAGGAACGUUGUAAUCAUUUAUCAAAUAAUUUUAUUAAUUUCAUUCUUUUAAUCAUUUCCGUGGAAAGCGACGAAUUAUCUCGACUAUUCCCGAAUGCAACGUGCAUUCUUUCCUUUUAACGUUUUUUAGCGGUAGUUAUCUUCCGUAGGAAGGAAAUACAUUUCUCUUCGCGCGUGCGAUCAGAUCUCUUAGACGUGACUAAGCCUCCUCCGAGUCGCGUUUCUCGACUUCGAUCGCGAAAUGCCGGACCCUCAGCAGCUUUGAGAGAUCCGGGACGUGUCGAAAAUAUGUGCCUUACGAUACCGAUUGAGGGAAGGCUUAUUAACGCUGCACGCGCGUCGCGUGUCGUCGUUGACGAUGAUCGAGACGAUGUGAAUAUCAAAUUUAAUGACACGAGCAGACCGACUAACACGACGACGAUGACGAUGAUGAUCACCGUGUUAACGACAGUCGCAAGGAAAUGUAGGGACGCACUAUGUGGUGCAAUUGUAAAGUUUCAAUUACUGUUAUACUGCUGAUUAUACUGACGAUUCUGGCGAUAUUUAAAUAUCCACCUCUCCAGAGCUCUCUGACGACGGCAAGGGGACAAGAUCCUUCCACGAUGCAUCUUUCUCUCGUCUCUUUUGUGACGAUCGCAACCAAAAACCGGGGCAACAUUUAACGGAUCCGUUUUUUAUAAACGCAGUUUUUCUUUCGAGCUUCUAUCUCGUAUUUCAUACAACGAACAAUGAAAAGAAAUGCACGAUCGAUCCUGUAUUGAGUAUCGCACAGUAGAGAAUCAAAAGUAGAACGUAAUUGAUUAUUUUUCGGGAAAUAUACUGAUAAAUCAUAGUAUUGACAUAACUCCACUCGGUCAUCAACUUAUUCGUGUGAGGAAAUCCAUAUGUCUUUCUAACGAAUUCUUCUAAUCGAUGUCUGAAUCGUGAAGAACAUUUACAUUUAACGCAGAUCUGGCUAGCUUUUCAUGACGCUGCUAUCACUUUGACGAACUAAUUCCAUUGCCAGCACAGUUAGCACGGAGCACUUUUAAGUGUAGUAGAGGGAUAGAACCUGUACAAGAAGUAAGAAUUGUUAUUUAGUACAUUGUUUGUUGCGCUGUUCUCUCGAUCCAUUUUAACGUUUCUUUUUAACAUUAACAUUAGCAAUCGAGUUAGCUCUCUUCGAGGAUCUAGUUUUUAGGAAGACGGGAGCAGUAUAACCGAAGCUGUACUCUGCGAAAAUCGUAUUUUACACCAUCCGCAUUCCAUCUGGCUGGGGAAGGAAACCGGAUCCCACAAUCGAUAAAUCAUCGAUAAAAAAAAACGCAACAAAAUCUUUCAUUUUCCUAACAGAAGGCGCAUUUGAUGUAUCUUUAAUGCGGGGCCGCUCUCCCGAACCCUGCGUUUCCCGUAGCGUUUAAUCCGCACGGGGUUUAGUCCGUUUCCGUGGAGAAGCGAGCAGCGUUGGUGGUAUCGCGUGUUCGACGGACAUCGACUUCUCGGGACAAUUCUCGGGGACGGUUGCCACGGUAUGACGUAUCCCGCUCUCUCGCGCGCCGCGAUCGUACGAUCUUACGCGAGGUGAGGAUUCCCUGGAGGAGUGGAGCGCUUCCGUUUUCCCAGGACGGUCGUGCGAUUCUCACGGACGACAGGCGAGCGACACGAAGUCGAGAGAGCGACCGGUGGGCCAUGCGAAUCGGCUCGUUGCGAAGACCAGCGCGGUCCAGAAGUGCGCACGAAUUUCCGCGACCUCUCAACGUGACGAGAAAAUCAUCACUGCGUGUAUCAAAGGGAACGUGAGAACCUGUGAAGAAUGAAACUUCUCCAUUCGUCAAGAUAAAUUUGCAACAUCGCACUUCCCGAUCAUUGUUACUUCGUGUGAAUCUUUUGCCUUUACUUUUUAUCGCAGAAAUAUUAUUAAAUUUUUCCUGGCGAAUGUGCAAUAUUCUUUGUUCUAAAUUGUUAUUUAUACAGAUUUUCGGUUUUUUUUACUACGCGAAUAAAGGCUUCAUGUCUAAUUGGUAGUUUGCUCGGCUCUUCGAGAGAAAACAUUUAACGAUUACGUUCUUUAGAAGAAGAGCUUUAAAUACAGAGAGCAAAAAAAUGGAAAAACUCGGACGAGAUAGCAAUUGUAAGGAGAAGUUCACCGGUUCCAUGCUUUAGUUUUCCUUUUUUGAUAACAGCAGUGAUCCCGUUGCAUAGUUUCGACAGAUCUUUUUAAGAAGGUCGAAUGGAAAAAAUCGUGUCGACAGGAUCUCGAAUUUGUGAGCGCGUGCGGGAAAUCACGUAGCGUAUGGCAACGUAAUAAACUUGAUGGCUUGGCGCCAUAUCAUGUAUGACGACGAAUGUAAUUAGAGAAAGAAACACACGUACACAAUCAAUCAACUAAAUAAUAACGAUUACAACGGUAAACUGUACGCUGCAAUUGGCGUGGGUGGAGAUAGAAAAGAAAUACAAAAUAUUAAAUAUUCUACACGCCAAGCAUAAAAGAAUGAUAUAUAUAUAUAUAUAUACAUAUAAUUAGUAAAUAUUAAGUUUACUAAAAAAAAGAAUAGAGGAGAAGAAAAUGAUAAUACAUGGGAGAAUUGGCGUGAGUGCGAGCGAAUGAAUGGGAGUAUACGCGCGUUACGUAACUAAACGUAAUGUUCUAUGUUUUGUCACGGAUACGAUGGUUUUUGAAUAAAUACCUAUUUGAACUAUGAA